AUGGUUCCUCCACAAGAAAAGAAGCUAAAGCAAUCCAACUCUUUGGAACAGCUAAAGGCUACCGGCACCGUCGUUGUCUCCGACACCGGUGACUUCGAAUCCAUCGCCAAAUACACCCCUCAGGAUGCCACCACCAACCCAUCGUUGAUCUUGGCUGCCGCCCAAAAGGAAACUUACGCCAAGUUGAUCGACACUGCCGUCCAAUACGGUAAGAAGAGCGGCUCCACGCUAGCAGAACAGACCGAAAACGCCGUCGACAUGUUGUUGGUGGAGUUUGGUAAGGCCAUCUUGCAAAUCGUUCCUGGCCGUGUGUCCACCGAAGUCGACGCCCGUUUGUCCUUUGACAAGGACGCCACCGUGAAAAAGGCUCUCCACAUCAUCAAGUUGUACGAAUCGUUCGGAAUCAGCAAGGAGCGUGUGUUGAUCAAGAUCGCCUCCACUUGGGAAGGUAUCCAAGCCGCCAAGGAAUUGGAAGAGAAGCACGGAAUCCACGUCAACUUGACCCUAUUGUUCUCUUUCGGCCAGGCCGUUGCCGCUGCCGAAGCCAAGGUCACUUUGAUCUCGCCAUUCGUGGGUAGAAUCCUCGACUGGUACAAGAACAGCAAGAAGCAAGAAUACACCGCUGAAACCGACCCUGGUGUGAUUUCCGUCAAGAAGAUCUACAACUACUACAAGAAGCACGGCUACAACACCAUUGUGAUGGGUGCCAGUUUCAGAAACACCGGAGAAAUCCGCGCUUUGGCCGGUGUCGACUUUUUGACCAUCUCUCCAGGCUUGUUGGAAGAGCUCAUCAACUCUGAAGAGCCUGUUCCUCAGGUCUUGGCACCUGAGUCUGCCAAGGCUGACGGUGACAGCAAGGUUUCCUUCAUCAACGACGAAGCUGCUUUCAGAUUCGACUUGAACGAAGACGCUAUGGCCACCGAAAAGUUGUCCGAGGGUAUCAGAAAGUUCUCUGCCGACAUUGUCACUUUGUUCGACUUGAUCGAGACCAAGAUUCAACAGGCUUGA